UCUGGAUUAUCUGUUCUGUUGGAGUAAGCAAUUAUUUUUCAAUUGGAAUGAUUAUUCUGUUUGACUUACCAUCAAGAAGGUGCACUUGGCUCGCUUGAUUACGAUUCCAACAAAGUGGAUCACGACAUUUGAACAAGUGUCAUAUUUAAAGCAUGGAGACGGACAAUUUAAGGGACCUGAGACACUCUCCUUGACUGCGUCAAGACAGCCGCGGCGAAGGAUGGGCCCUUUUCUCCCGGCGAUUUGCAUCGUGCUGCUCGCCCUGAACACAGCCGUCUCGCCGGCCUCUGUCGGCCCUGAGGACUAUCCCGCCGUGGACGAGGCAGAGAGAACUGCCAACAAUGACAUCAUUUUCGAUGACUACAGAGGGAAAGGUUGUGUUGAUGACAGUGGCUUUGUGUACAAGCUCGGGGAACGCCUCUUCCCGGGCCACUCGAACUGCCCAUGCGUGUGCACGGAGGACGGACCUGUUUGUGACCAACCCGAGUGCCCUAAAAUACACCCCAAGUGCACUAAGGUGGAACACAACGGUUGUUGCGCUGAAUGCAAAGAGGUCAAAAACUUCUGUGAAUAUAAAGGGAAGACUUACAAAAUCCUAGAGGAAUUCAAGCCCUCGACCUGUGAAUGGUGUCGCUGUGAGCCAAAUAACGAGGUGCACUGUGUGGUCGCUGACUGUGCAGUACCAGAGUGUGUCAACCCAGUGUACGAGCCGGAGCAGUGCUGCCCCAUCUGUAAAAAUGGUCCAAAUUGUUUCGCUGGAACGACGAUCAUCCCGGCUGGCAUUGAAGUGAAGGUGGACGACUGCACCAUCUGUCGGUGCCAUAGUGGAGACUGGUGGAAGCCUGCACAGUGCUUGCGGCGGGAGUGCCUGAAUGGCCAGACGUCAUAG